AUGGCGACAAGCACAAGAAAACUAAUUAGCUCCAGCUCUUCCAUCAGCAAACUCGAAGCCAACGAUCUCCUCGUCGAAAUUCUUAUUCGCCUGCCAGACCCUAGAUCCGCCGUCCGAUGCAAAUCCAUUUGCAAGGGCUGGAACUCUGUAAUCUCCGCUCCCGAUUUCUCUCGCCGUCUGGCUUCUCACCACCGGAGCCUGUCAGCCGCCAACAACGAAUCCGAGCAGCCUGUUCUGACUCCCGCAGAAGUCCGCCAAUUGAUCUUGAGCUUUCUUCCUUUCCCUGACGAUGCCGGAUCCAAGUUCUUGGUCCUCGAUUCCAUCAAGGACUUGCUCUUACUCGGGUUCUGGGGGAACGAAACCUGCCAGGAAUUGCGCAGGACGCACUUGGUAUGCAAUCCGUUUACAAAGCAAUGGAUCUCCCUACCUUUACCCCCUAAAAUGGCGGCGAGGCCCCAUCGUUAUAGAUGGACCGUAAAACUAGUCUGCAAGCCUUUUAUUUCCCUGGGCGAGGAGGACCAAGUGUUCCCUGGUCGAUUCCAGGUGGUGCGAAUGUACACUCCGUUGAGCCUAUAUGCGAAAGUAGAGGUGUACAUGUUCUGUUCGAGAUCGGGAAGAUGGGCGAGAUUCGUUCUUGAUCAUGAUCAUCAUUCAUUAAGGUGUUUUUCUCCCGAUCAUGUAGCUCUAAAUAAUGGGAAGUUGUAUUGGGCGAAUUCGUGGAAAAGAUUUGUUAAGUGGGAUCCUUUCUCCUUAGAUCAUAAUAGCACACUUCCGAUUGUGAUAGAUGGCCCAAAGUUCAGUGGUCGUCUAUCUGGUCCUUGGACCUCGGCAGGAGCUUUGCAUGUAACUUGUACUCGUUGGGAAAGGUCGAACGAAUCGCCGUCGUCUUGGAUAGAUUUGAGUGUUUGGAGACUGGAGGAGGAGGAACACGGAGGAGGUUGGAGGAAGCAGAAUGAAGUCACGAACUUGGAGGGUGUUUGCAAGAUCACAAGCAAUUCCGAGACCAAGGUGUUGGACCACUUGAGGUUUCAAGAUGUGGUUGGGAUGCAUCCCGACAAGCCCGGAAUCGUGUUUUUGUCGGCUUUUGGUGCCGCCGACCAUUAUAAAGAGGUUGUCGUGUUCUAUGAUUUCGGGAAAAACAAGCUGGAAUUCCUAGCUUAUGAAGAGGUGCAAAGCUACUACACUUAUCUAAAUCCGGUCGUCCAACCCAGAGUCACUUUCUGGCCUAGCAUGAUUCCAAACUACAAAAUGUUACAGCGUGGCUAUAAUGGAAGUUAUAAUUGUUGGCUUUCCACCAUGUAA